AUGGUAUUUUCCACGCCUGUAAUGAAACGCGAUGUUGGAUCUGAUGCGAUUCAACAAGGACAAGAUCAUCUCAGAAAAAUCACGGUCCACACUGCAAUUUAUGGAAUAAUCUUGAUUUCAAUUGGCGUGCUUUAUACAUUUUUCGGGAUAAAGUUUUACAGAGUUACCAUGUUCUUUGUCGGUUUCUACAUCGGAAGUAUCCUCGCAUGGGUUAUUUUAACUAACGUUGAACCUGCCGAUGGCUAUGGCAAAUCAUCUGAUACCAUUUAUCUGGUGAUUACUCUGAUUGCUGGACUCCUUGUAGGAUCAUUGCUUGUUUGUUGCUCUGACAUAGCUAUUUGGUUCUUGGGCGCACUCGGUGGCUAUGCACUCGCUAUCUUCCUCCUUUCGUGGGCUAACAAUGGAGUAAUUCAUACAAGAGUUGGGCGAAUAGUCUUCAUAAUAGGAUUAACUGUCGCCGGCGUAAUCCUAACUUUCCUAUUCGAAAACGUCAUCCUAAUACUCAGCACUGCAUUAAUCGGCGCAUACAGCAUCAUAUUCGGCAUCGACAUGUUCGCAAAUACAGGGUUCAGAGAAGCAGUACACGAAUUCUUGGAUGGAAAUCACACGAUUGUGUAUAAUACCGAUACUAAAGUUUACUUGAUGCUUGGCGGCGUACUUGGAUUCUUUAUUGUUGGCACAGCUUUUCAAUGGAGGUUUCAUCGUGGGGAAUUUGGUAAACAUCGUGCUGCGAAAUCUUCAAAGACUUCUCCGGUAUAUUCUACUCCUCCUGAAAAUAGUGAAAAGAAGAAGAAAAGUGGCUGGUCAAUAAGGGUGUGA